GGAGCCGCUGAGCGGGCCGACGGCCAUUUUGUGAAGCGGCGAAGGAGGUGGUUGCUGCGUUGGGCUCCGGGAAGCCGUUCGGGCUGGGGCUGUCGGCCGCGGGGCGGAGGCACUCGCGCGGGGGGUAAUUCGGGGUCUGGGUUCUGGUGCCGCGCAGCUUUCCCCGUCUAAAAGUUGGUUUUAAUUGGUUGCCCACAGGAUUGACUUGGCCUCUACUUCUUGUUAAGAAAAUACAUCUCUUGUUUUAUCAGGUGUGUGUGGUUUCAGCGCAGCAUGGCUGUGGUCAUCCGUUUGCAAGGUCUCCCAAUUGUGGCGGGGACCAUGGACAUUCGCCACUUCUUCUCUGGAUUGACCAUUCCUGAUGGGGGCGUGCAUAUUGUAGGGGGUGAACUGGGUGAGGCUUUCAUCGUUUUUGCCACUGAUGAAGAUGCAAGGCUUGGUAUGAUGCGCACAGGUGGUACAAUUAAAGGGUCAAAAGUAACACUAUUGUUGAGUAGUAAAACGGAAAUGCAGAAUAUGAUUGAACUGAGUCGUAGGCGUUUUGAAACUGCCAACUUAGAUAUACCACCAGCAAAUGCCAGUAGAUCAGGACCACCACCUAGCUCAGGAAUGAGUGGCAGGGUAAACUUGCCCACAACAGUAUCCAACUUUAAUAAUCCUUCACCCAGUGUAGUUACUGCCACCACUUCUGUUCAUGAAAGCAACAAAAACAUACAGACAUUUUCCACAGCCAGCGUAGGAACAGCUCCUCCAAAUAUGGGGGCUUCCUUUGGGAGCCCAACGUUUAGCUCAACCGUUCCAAGCACAGCCUCUCCAAUGAACACAGUCCCGCCGCCACCAAUUCCUCCAAUUCCAGCAAUGCCAUCUCUGCCACCAAUGCCAUCCAUUCCCCCAAUUCCAGUUCCUCCUCCAGUACCUACAUUGCCUCCUGUGCCUCCUGUGCCCCCGAUUCCCCCAGUUCCUUCUGUGCCACCCAUGACCCCACUGCCACCCAUGUCAGGCAUGCCACCCUUGAAUCCGCCACCUGUGGCACCUCUACCUGCUGGAAUGAAUGGCUCUGGAGCACCUAUGAAUUUGAACAAUAACCUGAAUCCUAUGUUUCUUGGUCCGUUGAAUCCUGUUAACCCUAUCCAGAUGAACUCUCAGAGCAGUGUGAAGCCACUCCCCAUCAACCCUGAUGAUCUGUAUGUCAGUGUGCAUGGAAUGCCCUUUUCUGCAAUGGAAAAUGAUGUCAGAGAUUUUUUCCAUGGGCUCCGUGUUGAUGCAGUGCAUUUGUUGAAAGAUCAUGUAGGUCGAAAUAAUGGGAAUGGAUUGGUUAAGUUUCUCUCCCCUCAAGAUACAUUUGAAGCUUUGAAACGAAACAGAAUGCUGAUGAUUCAACGCUAUGUGGAAGUUAGCCCUGCCACAGAAAGACAGUGGGUAGCUGCUGGAGGCCAUAUCACUUUUAAGCAAAAUAUGGGACCUUCUGGACAAACUCAUCCCCCUCCUCAGACACUUCCCAGGUCAAAAUCGCCCAGUGGGCAGAAAAGAUCAAGGUCAAGAUCACCACAUGAGGCUGGUUUUUGUGUUUACUUGAAAGGGCUACCAUUUGAAGCAGAAAACAAACAUGUCAUUGAUUUUUUUAAAAAGCUGGAUAUUGUGGAAGAUAGUAUUUAUAUAGCUUAUGGACCCAAUGGGAAAGCAACUGGCGAAGGCUUUGUAGAGUUCAGAAAUGAGGCUGACUAUAAGGCUGCUCUGUGUCGUCAUAAACAGUACAUGGGCAAUCGCUUUAUUCAAGUUCAUCCAAUUACUAAGAAAGGUAUGCUAGAAAAGAUAGAUAUGAUUCGAAAAAGACUGCAGAACUUCAGCUAUGACCAGAGGGAAAUGAUACUAAAUCCAGAGGGGGAUGUCAACUCUGCCAAAGUCUGUGCCCACAUAACAAAUAUUCCAUUCAGCAUUACAAAGAUGGAUGUUCUUCAGUUCCUAGAAGGAAUCCCAGUGGAUGAAAAUGCUGUACAUGUUCUUGUUGAUAACAAUGGGCAAGGUCUAGGACAGGCAUUGGUUCAGUUUAAAAAUGAAGAUGAUGCACGUAAGUCUGAACGCUUACACCGUAAAAAACUUAAUGGGAGAGAAGCUUUUGUUCAUGUAGUUACCCUAGAAGAUAUGAGAGAGAUUGAGAAAAAUCCCCCUGCCCAAGGAAAAAAGGGAUUAAAGAUGCCUGUGCCAGGUAAUCCUGCAGUUCCAGGAAUGCCCAAUGCGGGACUGCCCGGUGUGGGACUGCCCAGUGCAGGACUUCCCGGUGCGGGCCUGCCCAGUACAGGACUGCCUGGUUCAGCAAUAACCAGUGCAGGACUGCCUGGUGCGGGAAUGCCCAGUGCAGGAAUACCUAGUGCAGGAGGUGAAGAGCAUGCCUUCCUGACUGUAGGAUCAAAGGAAGCCAACAAUGGGCCUCCAUUUAACUUUCCUGGUAAUUUUGGUGGAUCAAAUGCCUUUGGGCCACCAAUCCCUCCUCCAGGAUUAGGAGGCGGGGCCUUUGGUGAUGCUAGGCCUGGUAUGCCUUCAGUUGGAAACAGUGGUUUGCCUGGUCUAGGACUGGAUGUUCCGGGUUUUGGAGGUGGACCAAACAAUUUAAGUGGGCCAUCGGGAUUUGGAGGGGGCCCUCAGAAUUUUGGAAAUGGCCCUGGUAGCUUAGGCGGUCCCCCGGGGUUUGGAAGUGGCCCUCCUGGUCUUGGAAGUGCCCCUGGGCAUUUGGGUGGGCCACCAGCUUUUGGGCCUGGCCCCGGCCCUGGCCCCGGCCCCGGCCCUGGCCCAAUCCAUAUUGGUGGUCCCCCUGGCUUUGCAUCUAGUUCUGGAAAACCAGGACCGACAGUAAUUAAAGUGCAGAACAUGCCCUUUACUGUGUCUAUUGAUGAGAUUUUAGAUUUCUUUUAUGGCUAUCAAGUAAUCCCAGGCUCAGUGUGUUUAAAAUACAAUGAAAAAGGUAUGCCCACAGGUGAAGCCAUGGUGGCCUUUGAGUCUCGGGAUGAAGCCACAGCUGCUGUCAUUGACUUAAAUGACAGGCCUAUAGGUUCAAGAAAAGUAAAACUUAUGGCCCAAUGCGUGACCUUGGUUCAGCUGUCCAUUUCCUGUGACCAUCUCAUUGACAAGGACAUCGGCUCCAAGUCUGACCCACUCUGCGUCCUUUUACAGGAUGUGGGAGGGGGCAGCUGGGCUGAGCUUGGCCGGACUGAACGAGUGCAGAACUGCUCAAGCCCUGAGUUCUCCAAGACUCUGCAGCUUGAGUACCACUUUGAGACAGUCCAGAAGCUACGCUUUGGAAUCUAUGACAUAGACAACAAGACGCCAGAGCUGAGGGAUGAUGACUUCCUAGGGGGUGCUGAGUGUUCCCUAGGACAGAUUGUGUCCAGCCAGGUACUGACUCUCCCCUUGAUGCUGAAGCCUGAAAAACCUGCUGGACGGGGGACCAUCACGGUCUCAGCUCAGGAAUUGAAGGACAAUCGUGUAGUAACCAUGGAGGUAGAGGCCAGAAACCUAGAUAAGAAGGACUUCCUGGGAAAAUCGGAUCCAUUUCUGGAGUUCUUCCGCCAGGGUGAUGGGAAAUGGCACCUGGUGUACAGAUCUGAGGUCAUCAAGAACAACCUGAACCCUAUAUGGAAGCGUUUCUCAGUCCCCGUUCAGCAUUUCUGUGGUGGGGACCCCAGCACACCCAUCCAGGUGCGAUGCUCCGAUUAUGACAGUGACGGGUCACAUGAUCUCAUCGGUACCUUCCACACCAGCUUGGCCCAGCUGCAGGCAGUCCCAGCUGAGUUUGAAUGCAUCCACCCUGAGAAGCAGCAGAAAAAGAAAAGCUACAAGAACUCUGGAACUAUCCGUGUCAAGAUUUGCCAGGUAGAAACAGAGUACUCCUUUCUGGACUAUGUGAUGGGAGGCUGUCAGAUCAACUUCACUGUGGGCGUGGACUUCACUGGCUCCAAUGGAGACCCCUCCUCACCUGACUCCCUACACUACCUGAGUCCAACAGGAGUCAAUGAGUACCUGAUGGCGCUGUGGAGUGUGGGCAGCGUGGUUCAGGACUAUGACUCAGACAAGCUGUUCCCUGCAUUUGGAUUUGGGGCCCAGGUUCCCCCUGACUGGCAGGUCUCCCAUGAAUUUGCCUUGAAUUUCAACCCCAGUAACCCCUACUGUGCAGGCAUCCAGGGCAUUGUGGAUGCCUACCGCCAAGCCCUACCCCAAGUUCGCCUCUAUGGCCCCACCAACUUUGCACCCAUCAUCAACCAUGUGGCCAGGUUUGCAGCCCAGGCUGCACAUCAAGCGACUGCCUCGCAAUACUUCGUGCUGUUGCUGCUGACUGAUGGUGCUGUAACCGAUGUGGAAGCCACACGUGAGGCUGUGGUGUGCGCCUCGAACCUGCCCAUGUCAGUGAUCAUUGUGGGUGUGGGUGGUGCUGACUUUGAGGCUAUGGAGCAGCUGGACGCUGAUGGUGGACCCCUGCAUACACGUUCUGGGCAGGCCGCUGCCCGCGACAUUGUGCAGUUUGUACCCUACCGCCGGUUCCAGAAUGCCCCUCGGGAGGCAUUGGCACAGACCGUGCUCGCAGAGGUGCCCACACAACUGGUCUCAUACUUCAGGGCCCAGGGUUGGGCCCCGCUCAAGCCACUUCCACCCUCAGCCAAGGGUCCUGCACAGGCCCCCCAGGCCUAGGUUCUCUUGGAGGCUUGGCAAGUCCUCAAUCCUGUGUCCCAGAGGUCCCUCUGGGCCACAACCCAACCCUUCUCACUCUCCUCAGUGCUAGCCCUUUGUAUUUUUUGAUACUUUUGUACUUGUUUCUGCCUUUGCUGCUCUUGAUCCCACCUUUGCUCCUGACAACCCUCAUUCAAUAAAGACCAGUGAAGACCAA